AUGCGAUCUAUCGACAAAUUAAUAAUUGGUUCUUUUACUGUGUUUUUCAUAUUCGCCAUUUCAAUCGAUUACAUUAAUUCUGUUGCUACCGUAAACGAAGAAAUUAUCAAUGAAAAUACAUCAAAAUGGAUUUGGCCACCACAGUUUGUUCUCAAACUAUUUUAUUGGUGGUGUGAAAACGUUGAUCCAAUUUUACUUCAUAAUGAUUAUUUAGUAAAAUAUUUAACUUUCCUAUCACCAUUUAUGUUUGCGCCAUUUUAUUUAAUUGCAACAUAUGCUAUUUAUAAUGAAAAACAAUGGAUUCGUAUGCCAAUGAUUAUAUUUUCAUUGAUAUUAUUUUUUGAUUUGAAUUAUUUCUUUUAUCAAGCUGUGUUUGGUACAGAAAAAGCGAAAAAUUUACUAUUUUUUAUAUUAGGAUAUGGUUAUUAUCAAAUAUUUCCAUUAAUUUUAAUAUAUCGAUUUUGGCCUAAAAAUGUUUUUAAAAAUAAAUCUGAUCGAAGAAAAAAGAAUUAA